AUGGCUGCAGCUGUUUUCUUUGGGCCUGUCCCGCCACCUUCUCGGCUCCCAGAUCCUCCGUGGUUUACUCGCCAAUGUCGUCCCCAUCACGAUGCUACAGACACCACUCUUCUAAGAUGCCUCCUCAUGAAUCAUCUGCAAGAGAAUCCUCAGUCGACGAUCGCCCAUAACAUUUUCAAUGUUCAGUCUCGAGAUGAGCACUUGAUCUACGAGCACAGAAUUUAUGCAGGCGCUACCCCAAUCCAAGAAGCUAUAUUGCUUUCGAAUCGGCUCGAGUCUCUACACCACAUAGGCAUCCGCAAUCAUGUGAACAAGAACAGCAAUGUCGAGGGCCAGAAGGCAAGAUUUUUCACCGUGUCAACUGCUUUGCAUGCUGUUAUAAUACGCAAGGGCAGUGCAUCACUUUGGCUAGUGAUGAUCCCUAUAGCGGUGAACGGUUUGCCGUUGAGUUAA